GCCAUCCACCCCGCCAUGGCCGCUGAUGCCGCUGCUGUCGUUCAUCCCGCGGUUGAGGGGAUGGAUAAGAGCACCCCAAGCCCCUCCUCUCUCUCCGUGUCAAACCCUAGCGCCCACUUUCCCCAUCUCGCGCCCCUCACUCUCCCGCGGUGGAUCCCCUCCGCCCCGACGCCGUCCGUCGCCCUCACCUCCUCACCGGUCCUCCCGAGCCACGUAAAGACGUCGAGGAGCUUCGCCGGCCUCAUCCUCGUCGAUUCCAAGCAGCAGCUCAAGCGGGGGAGCGCCGCAUCGCCGCCAUCUGGUCGUCUUCCCUGCCACAGCCACGGCACCAUCGCCGUCGAUCUUCAACACCGGCGCCUCCCCGCGGUUCCGAGCACGUCCACGACCACCCUCACAACCCCGAGACUGCUGUUGAUGUCCUUGUGAUCGACUACGUCGACGACGACCCUCCUUC